CAUGGCGGACGAAGUUGGUCAAAAUUUGUUCGUAUUUGGUAGUCAAAGUUAAGUCUCUUUGUGGACAUAUGCCAUGAAUAACGGUCUAAAAAAGUUGGAGGUUAUUCAAAGAGCUUCACUGAUUUGCAAGAAUCUUUAUCGCCGUUAUUACUCCAAUAGAAAUCGUCGCCGUGUUGUUGUSACUGGCUUAGGAAUAGUUUGUCCUCUUGGUGUUGGCUCAAAAUAUGUCUGGAAAGAACUGGUUGCAGGAAAAUCUGGAAUCUCGAAGAUAACGGACGAAGGAUAUGAGAGUAUUCCAGCCAAAAUAGCUGCAUUCAUACCCAGGGGAAGUGAUGUUGGGCACUUGGAUAUCAAGCAGUGGUUCAAUAUUGUGGACAAAAGAAGCACUGCUGAAGAAAGCCUGUAUGCACUGAUUGCGGCAACAGAGGCCCUAGAGGACUGUGGGUGGAAACCGACAACUGAGGAGGACAAGCAAAGGACGGGAGUUUCAAUUGGGUGUGGCAUUGGUGGCAUMAAGGAAAUUCCUGUUACUGGAGCACUUUUGAAAAAAGAGGGGUAUCGUAAAGUUAGUCCAUUUUUUGUUCCUCGUAUUCUUGCCAACAUGCCAGCCGGUGUUGUUAGCAUCCAUUUUGGUUUACAGGGUCCAAAUCAUGCAGUAUCAACAGCCUGUGCUGCCGGUGCUCAUGCCAUCGGUGAUGCAUUCAGGAUGAUAAUCARUGGCGAUGCAGACGUCAUGUUAGCGGGAGGAACUGAAUCUUGUAUUACACCUCUUAGCAUGGCAGGCUUUUGCAAAGCGCGAGCAUUAACUACCAAGUUCAACGAGAAACCUCUAGAAGCMUCACGACCAUUUGACAAAGACAGAUCAGGUUUUGUGAUAGGUGAAGGCGCUGGUAUAAUUGUGCUAGAGGAAUUCAACCAUGCUAUAUCUCGUGGUGCUGAUAUUUAUGCUGAACUACACGGUUAUGGAAUGUCAGGUGAUGCAUAUCACAUAACCGCACCAAGAGAAGAUGGCCAGGGAGCUUACCUUGCUAUGUCAGCGGCUCUUAGAGAUGCACAUCUCCACCCUUCUGACGUUAGCUAUAUCAAUGCUCAUGCUACAUCAACGCCUAUUGGGGAUGCCAUCGAAAGCAAGGCUAUCACGAGACUUCUUGGUGAGGGAACCACGGGUACUUUGAUAUCAUCAAGUAAAGGUGCUACAGGUCAUUUGUUGGGCGCUUCAGGAGCUGUUGAAGCUAUAUUCACCGUUCUCGCAAUCAAAGAGAAAAUGGUUCCUCCGACACUUAAUCUUCACAGUUUUGACAACUCUGAAGACGUCCACGCAAACUAYGUUGCAAAUACAGCACAAGAACUUAUUARAAAACAGACAUCAACCAGACUUAUCGCGUUGACGAACUCAUUCGGUUUUGGAGGAACAAAUGCUAGUUURUGCUUUGGAGAGAUUGAAUAGAAAAGAAUAGAACAAGAGGAUUGCACUAGAGAAAACGAUAGAYCUUUCACUUYAGAAGCCAUCACUUAAUCCCCRCGAGCUACAGAAAGAUUCUGCYUGUCGCGACGAAUGUAAUAUUGAUUCUCUGAGCAAACAGUAGUUCGUCACUCCAGUAUAGUGUCGAUUGGCUGUGUAGUAGUCGACUACAAGACCACUGAACUUAUCGGUUGUAAUAUCGUGUGUUUUAAGAGAUUUUUACAGAAGUAAUCUCUUAUAGUUGGUGUUGAAGUAGAAUGAUAACUUUUCACAGAUGGAUAAAAUGUGUUAUAUAAAAAUAAUGAGAACUAUUUGACACUAUGAAUGAAAAAUUAAAACAAGAUGAAACCGG